AUGAAAUUCUUUCUGAAAAGAUGUUUGCGCAAGAAGCCAGAGGAAAUGAAACCAGGCGCCAUACUGGACGCCGUCAUUUCGCAAUCCUCACCAACGGCCAACAAAUGUCUACUCUACAAACUGGCGGACUACAAGCGUGGUGGCGACCUUAUUGACGCACUCAAUACCGGCGGUUUAAUCGCCGUCGAACAAUUGAUACGCGAACAGUUUGGCAUUUUCAUGUACAACGAUGGCAAAGGUCAGGUGAUCAAUCGCGCUGAGUUUCUACGUUGGAAAUAUCGCGACCACACUGAGGUAACCAUACCGAUUGAGGCUUCGCUCUCGCGUCACGAUCCACUCGGCAAGUGGGAGGACCACAAGGCAUGCUGGCAAAUGCAAUUUCGUGGCGCACUCGGUGAAAGUCUACUACACGUACUCAUCAUUUGUGAUUCGAAGAUACACACGAAGCUGGCGCGUGUGCUGAUACGUGUCUUCCCCAAUCUGGCACAGGAUGUGAUGGAAGGUGAGGAAUAUUUGGGUGCCAGCGCGCUACAUUUGGCUAUUGCCUAUAGCAACAAUGAGCUGGUGGCCGAUCUGAUAGAGGCGGGUGCAGAUAUAAAUCAGCGUGCCGUGGGUAGUUUCUUUUUACCACGCGAUCAACAGCGUCGCAAUCCCGCCAAGUCGACAGAUUAUGAGGGACUGGCAUAUUUGGGUGAGUAUCCGCUAGCGUGGGCGGCUUGCUGUGCCAACGAGAGUGUGUACAAUUUGUUGUUGGACUGUGGCGCUGAUCCGGAUGCGCAGGAUUCCUUUGGCAAUAUGAUACUGCAUAUGGUAGUAGUGUGUGAUAAGCUGGAUAUGUUCGGCUAUGCUUUGCGUCAUCCAAAAACGCCAGCUAAAAAUGGCAUCGCGAAUCAUGGUGGUCUAACACCACUCACGCUAUCUUGCAAAUUGGGGCGCGCUGAGGUAUUUCGCGAGAUGUUAGAGCUGUCAGCGCGUGAGUUUUGGCGGUACAGCAACAUCACCUGCUCUGGGUAUCCGCUCAAUGCCUUGGAUACUUUGCUGCCGGACGGACGUACUAAUUGGAACUCGGCGCUCUUCAUCAUUCUGAAUGGCACCAAAGAAGAGCAUUUGGAUAUGUUAGAUGGCGGCAUAAUACAACGUUUGCUAGAGGAGAAGUGGAAGACAUUUGCACAGAACCAAUUCUUAAAACGUCUACUCAUUCUAGUUACACAUUUGGUUUGCCUUUCAAUCUCGGUUUACAUGCGGCCAGCUCAUGUAGCGGAUGACGAUGAAGACGAAGAAGCGCCGACGAAUGGAAAUACAAAAGGCUCAAAGACCGUUGAGCUCGCUGAGGAGGGUGCAGACGAUGACUACGAUGUGCAGACAAUAGUGCGAUAUUGUGCUGAGUUUGGUACCAUCACGGGAGUGCUGAGCUACGUUAUCUUCCAGCAGGGUGAUGAAAUUAAAAAUCAAGGCUUGCCGGCAUUUCUAAAGCAAUUGACCCAUGCUCCGGCUAAGGCUAUAUUUUUAGUUUCCAAUCUGCUAAUACUUGCCUGCAUACCUUGUCGCCUGAUGGGCGAUACGGAUGCCGAGGAGGCUAUACUCAUAUUUGCUGUGCCAGGCAGUUGGUUUUUACUGAUGUUCUUUGCUGGAGCUAUUCGCCUCACUGGUCCUUUCGUCACAAUGAUCUACUCUAUGAUUACGGGCGAUAUGUUCACUUUUGGCAUUAUAUACUGCAUUGUAUUGUGCGGGUUUUCCCAGGCCUUCUACUUUCUUUACAAGGGACAUCCACAGAUUCAGUCGACUAUGUUUAACACUUUUCCAAGCACAUGGAUGGCAUUAUUUCAAACCACGUUGGGAGAUUAUAAUUACCCCGAUUUGAACAAUACCACAUAUCCGAACUUGUCAAAGACGGUGUUUGUAAUCUUCAUGAUAUUUGUGCCCAUACUUUUGCUGAAUAUGUUAAUCGCCAUGAUGGGCAACACCUAUGCCCAAGUCAUCGAACGGUCCGAAAAGGAGUGGAUGAAGCAGUGGGCAAAAAUCGUAGUGACAUUGGAACGCGCGGUGCCACAAGCCGAUGCUAAAAAUUAUCUCGAGGCCUAUUCAAUACCAUUGGGACCGAUUGACGAUUCUGGCUAUGAAGUGCGUGGAGUAAUGGUGAUCAAAAGCAAGGCAAAGACCAGAGCCAAGCAACGCAAGGGCGCUGUAUCGAAUUGGAAACGCGUUGGGCGCGUAACAUUGAAUGCACUGAAAAAGCGCGGCAUGACGGGUGAGCAAAUGCGUCGCUUGAUGUGGGGACGUGCCUCAAUUUCCAGUCCCAUCAAGAUAACCAAAAAGAAGCUUAAAGAUCCUUAUAACUUGAAUCCGCAAAAUGAUCUGACAAGCGCAAUGGAUAUGCUAUCAUUCGCCAAUGAUCCAGCAUCCAGUGCAGCCAUUGAGCUACGCACUUCUCUGUCCGGCUCUGGCGCUGACGGUAAACUAACAGAACAGCAGCAGCAGCAGCAGAAAAAUCAGCCACCUGCACCAGACCCCCUACGUGAUUUAAUCUUUCUUGCCGAUCGUCGUCCAGAAAUGCAUGAUCCACAAUAUUUUGUUGGAUUGCAACAGUUGGCAAAUCAAGCCUUGGAUUUGGUGGAGCAGACAAUGGGAAUGCAUCCAAUAACAACGCCAACCGCAAUGGACAACAUGGGCACUACAACUGCAUCAACAGUUCCGACUACAACAACUGCAAUAACGAGUGCGGCUGCAGCCGCAGUGGCUGCUCCUACUGAGGAUUUGGUCACUCCACUGGGCGCAAAUUUGUCUACGCUAUUCCAGGAUCCAAAAGAUAUUGUUGAUCCACAAAAGCUGCAAGAUUUCCUGAAAAUGCUCGCUGAGAUCGAUACUGAGGAGAGUGAUGGUGGCGGUCGACCAAUUUUGGGUAAAUUAUCACUUUCGCGGCGUACGAAGAGCGCGCUGUCGAAGGCUCAAAUUAAAAAGGAGUCCAUUGGCGGUAGUCCGAAUAAGCUGAUACCAUCGGUGUGGUCUCAUACCAUACCACAGGCUGAAGAGGAGCCGGAAUUCAACUUCGAGGCUGCUCUGGCCGAAGAACACAUACUCACCAUCGAGCAGGAGCCUGAGGUAGAAACCGAAACAGGCAAUGAACGAGACGAUAGCGAAGAUUGCCCAACAGCGGAAGAGGUGCAUGCAACCAUGAAACAAUUCCACCUGCGUAAGCGUCAAUACCAGCAGGACGACGCAGCACGGCGAGCAAAAAGUGCACGUAUCAAACGCAAAAAUAGAAUUUCGCCUGAACAAUCUAACGAUGGCGAUGAGGGUAGCGGCAAGUCAACGCACCCACGCGGUGCCUCAGCGCCAGGCCGCAAACAUCCUGUGGACGAACGGCUGUCGCCUCCAGACCCACUGGAGCCGUGGAGUACGCGCGAAUUGCAAAAUAUCAACAAAAUAUUAGCGCGAAAGUGAAAGAGAAAAUAGUUAGGUUGUUUAUUCAACGUUUUUGUAUGGUUUAAUUUUUGGUUUGCGAAGCUCACAAACGCCGUAGGUGUUAUUAUUUUUGCACGGUAUGGAAAUUGCAAUUUUAGCUGCUAUUAUAAAAAGAAAAUCUGUUAAAAAUGCCUGCGCAAAUAUAACUGCACACAUACAUGCAUAGAUGGAAAUAAAACCAAACUCUUAUGUAGCUGCCACAGUUUAUGCUACACUAAAUUGCUGUUUUUUAAACCAACUCUCCUAAAAUUUACUCACACAAGCAAAUAUAAAGAAUG